GCGUGUUUAAUCUGAUCAUUCGCAACUAAGACGUAGAUCGGUUCGAUCUCUCUCUCUUCGAGUAAUGACGAUUCAUUUGUGAUACAGAUCUCAGGUUGGUUGAUAAGGCAUCAAGAAGCUUCAAUUUCGGUUCUACCAACCAUGGAUAAGUCAAAUGCUCUGGACUACAUCAAUCAGAUGUUCCCUUCAGAGGCAUCUUUGUCUGGUGUUGAACCACUUAUGCAAAAGAUACAUAGUGAGAUUCGCCGUGUGGAUGCUGGAAUUUUAGCAGCUGUUCGUCAACAGAGUAAUUCAGGAACCAAAGCUAAAGAGGAUCUUGCUGCAGCGACGCGGGCUGUGGAGGAACUGAUGUACAAGAUCCGAGAAAUAAAAACCAAAGCUGAGCAAAGCGAAACAAUGGUUCAGGAAAUAUGCCGUGACAUAAAGAAGUUGGAUUUUGCCAAGAAGCAUAUAACAACUACAAUUACUGCCCUUCAUCGUCUUACCAUGCUAGUCUCCGCUGUUGAGCAACUUCAAGUAAUGGCUUCAAAACGACAAUAUAGGGAAGCAGCUGCACAGCUAGAGGCUGUAAAUCAAUUAUGUAGUCAUUUUGAAGCCUAUAGGGAUAAUUCAAAGAUCACAGAGCUCAGGGAGAAGUUCAAGAACAUCAAAAUGAUUCUCAAGUCUCAUGUUUUCUCUGAUUUCUCAAGCUUAGGUACAGGGAAAGAGACGGAAGAAAGUAACUUACUGCAGCAUUUAUCAGAUGCAUGCUUAGUUGUUGAUGCUUUGGAACCAUCUGUGAGGGAAGAGUUGGUAAAGAAUUUUUGCAGCAGGGAGCUUACUUCAUAUCAACAGAUCUUUGAAGGAGCUGAACUAGCAAAGUUGGAUAAAACUGAACGAAGAUAUGCUUGGAUCAAGCGUCGAUUAAGGACAAAUGAGGAACUCUGGAAAAUCUUUCCUCCUUCGUGGCAUGUUUCUUAUCUACUCUGUAUCCAGUUCUGCAAGUUGACAAGGGCACAACUUGUGGAAAUCCUUGAUAAUCUAAAAGAAAAGCCAGAUGUUGGAACGCUAUUGUUGGCAUUACAACGAACUCUAGAAUUCGAGGAAGAGUUAGCAGAAAAAUUUGGUGGUGGCACUCGUAGCAGAGAAAUGGGGAGUGGUGACUUUGAAGAAGUAGAUAAAGGAGAAAAUAAUAGUCAGACUGUAUCAGAUAUCCGAAAGAAGUAUGAGAAAAAGCUUGCUGCGCAUCAAGGAAUUGGCAAUGAAGAGAAAGAUGGACAAAAGGAUCUAUCAGUGCCUGGAGCUGGGUUCAAUUUUCGUGGUAUUAUUUCAUCAUGCUUUGAACCUCACUUGAUGGUUUAUGUGGAACUAGAAGAGAAGACUCUCAUGGAGAAUCUGGAGAAACUUGUUCAGGAAGAAACUUGGGAUAUUGAGGAGGGAAGUCAAACUAAUAUUUUAUCCAGCAGUAUGCAGGUCUUUUUGAUAAUCAGGAGAAGCUUAAAGCGAUGCAGUGCUUUGACAAAGAACCAGACAUUAUUUAAUUUGUUCAAGGUAUUUCAAAGAAUUCUAAAAGCAUAUGCCACAAAGCUUUUUGCAAGGUUGCCCAAGGGUGGUACAGGAAUUGUUGCAGCUGCCACAGGAAUGGAUGGGCAGAUAAAGACAUCUGACAAGGACGAAAGGGUGAUCUGCUAUAUUGUGAAUACAGCUGAGUAUUGCCAUAAAACGUCUGGUGAAUUGGCUGAAAACGUGUCCAAAAUAAUAGAUUCUCAAUUAGCAGAUGGGGUGGAUAUGUCUGAAGUGCAGGAUGAAUUUUCAGCCGUUAUAACGAAAGCAUUGAUAACAUUAGUGCACGGUUUGGAAACUAAAUUUGAUGCUGAAAUGACUGCAAUGACACGUGUUCCAUGGGGUACACUUGAAAGCGUUGGUGACCAAUCAGAGUAUGUGAAUGGCAUAAAUAUGAUCCUCACAAGUAGUAUUCCUGUACUUGGAAGCCUUCUUUCUCCCAUUUACUUCCAGUUCUUCUUAGACAAGCUUGCAUCAUCUCUUGGUCCACGUUUCUUCCUCAAUAUUUUCAAAUGCAAGAUUAUAUCAGAGACUGGAGCCCAACAAAUGUUGUUGGAUACUCAGGCCGUAAAGACAAUUCUUCUAGAUAUUCCUUCUCUUGGGAGACAGACAUCAAAUGCUGCUAGCUACAUAAAAUACGUAAGUCGUGAGAUGAGCAAAGCUGAAGCGCUCUUGAAGGUUAUACUGUCCCCAGUUGAUUCUGUGGCAGAUACAUAUCGUGCACUGCUACCUGAGGGAACACCUUUGGAGUUUCAGCGGAUUCUGGAGCUUAAGGGCCUGAAAAAAACUGACCAGCAAAGUAUACUGGACGAUUUUAACAAACGUGGAUCAGGGAUUUCUCAAGCAUCUAUUGCUCAGUCAGUUGUUCCAGCUGCUCCUAGUGCCCCUGCCGCUCCUACCAUAACCAAUCCUGUUUCAGCUGGUGUUAUAGCUUCCCGAGAGGAUGUGCUAGCUAGAGCCGCUGCACUUGGAAGAGGUGCUGCUACAACCGGAUUCAAGAGGUUCCUUGCUCUAACAGAAGCUGCAAAAGACCGAAAAGAUGGGCCUUUCAGGAAGCUCUUCAAUACAUAAGAAUCCAAUAUCAUUUCAACCAAUACUAAUCAUGAUGCUCCUUUUUCUGGAAUGCUCUUGUUUAUUGGUAAAAAUCAUUUUCCUUUUCUUUUGAACCAUAUUGUCAUGUCAGAAUACAGUUCAGGUUAAGAUAUAGUUUUUGGGUGCUUACUUUAAAUACUAGUUGAUAAGAGGAAAAGAAAAUUGUUAGAAAAUUAUCGGAUGUAAUGUUUAGAAUCAUUUAAUUGGAAUAAUCAAGAUGUUUUGGGAAGAAUGCAAUUUGUUGUACAACAGUGUAGAAUGCAAAGCUCAAAAGUGUAGGAAUAUUUUUUUUGUUAGUACCUGUGAUUAUGUUGUCCAGAAUUAUAUUAGAUACUUACAAUUACUGAGAUUAUUGAUACGUGAUCUUUAUGUCUUUGGUUUGUUAUCAA